AUGGCCCCCAAAAUAUUCCUCACUGGCGCCACGGGCUACAUCGGCGGCAGCGUUUUCCAUACCCUGUACACCGCGCACCCGGAUUGGUCCUACACCGUCCUCUUGCGCACCGUCCCUCCCUCCUUCUCCGACCUCUACCCCGCCGCCACCAUCGUCCGCGGCGACUACGACAGCCUCGAUGCGCCCGCCACAGCCGCCGCUAUCAGCGACGCCGACGUUGUUGUUCACACCGGCAACUCUGACCACGCGCCUUCGUUGCGUGCGCUGCUGCAAGGCCUGAAGAAGGUUGAAUUUCUCCACCUCCUCUGCAUUCUUCAUCAUGCCUCUCAAUUAUCUCAUUCUUUCCCGCUUUUUCCUGAAAAUAAAAAAAAGCAACAACCACUGACGCCAUCCCCCCCGCAGUCCCCACCUCCCCAACCGCCGUCCACCCCGCAAAAACCCACCACCACCAAAUACCUCAUCCACCUCUCCGGCACCGGCAUCCUCUCCGACUACCGCACCUCGGACCCCUCGGCCCCACCACCCGGCACGCUCAACCCGCGCACCUACUCCGACGUCUCGCUCGCCGACAACACGGCCAUCUUCCUCCCGCCAAACGACGGUAGCAGCGACUGGAUCGACCCGCUGCACGGCGAGACGGAGCGCAUCGUGUACGAGGCGUGGCGGCGCGAGGAGGAAGAAGCGACGAAGGAGUCGAAGGCGAACGGAGGCGUGCGCGUCCGCACGGCCAUCAUGCGGCCGCCGGACAUCUACGGGCGCGGGCUGGGCGUUGCGAGGAAGACGAGCGCGUACGUGCCGCUUUACGUGAGGGAGAUUCUGCAGGGCGAAGGCGGUGGGGAUGGGGAUGGGGAUGGGGAUGGGGAGGGGAUCGGCGCGGCGUUUUUCGUCGGCGAGGGGCAGAAUAUGAGGGGGUGGGUGCAUUUGGAGGAUCUGAUGGGGUUGUAUUUGAAGUUGGUGGAGAGGGCGGUGGAGGGGGGAUCGGGGGAUGGGGCGGCGGCUUGGGGGAGGGAGGGAUACUACCAUGCCACGACGCAGGAGACGACGCAACUUGAGCUUGCCCAGGCGGUUGGCCGGAUUUUGUACGAGAAGGGAUUGAUCAAGGAGAAAGAGCCGAAGCAGGUGCCGCUUGAGCGCGUGGAUGGAAUGAUGCGCUCGUACGGUCUUCCGCUACUCGGACGGUACUUGUUUGCGAGCAAUUCGAGAAGCGUUGCGACGAGAGCAAAGGAUGUACUUGGCUGGGUGCCUAAAGCACCAAGCAUCUGGGAUGUGCUGGAGCAAGACGUGGCGGAUGCUGUUGAAGCGUUGGGAAGUAAAUAA